CAACGGAUGAUGAUAUCAAGCAUAUUUUCUAGGUUGACAGCCAGGGCCUGGACUAGGAAUCAUACGUUUCCCACUCGGUUGCAGCAGAACUACCCUUCGUCGAGCGUUGUAUUAAAGAACCCAGGAGCAAGAUUUCAAUCGAGACAAAGUCCGAGAAGAAGUCAGGUAUGGGAGCAACGGGCCAACCUCGUUCGGGCUAUUCUGUUUGCAGUACCCAUCAUCACAUCGGUUAUGGUGUAUGCGCGAAUCCAAAACCCACUAUAUAUGGACACCAAGAAGGAAAGCAAUGGCAUUCUAGACCAAAAGCCGACACACCACGAUCUGAAGUCAGAGCAGCCGCCAUCUGCCUCUCGUGAGAAACAUAAAGAUUUCGUCGACGCCAACACUCUUCCCAAGGAAGAAGCAGUACUCACAACUGCGCCCGAUGUCCCUCCGCGAAUAACGAGAGACCACCCAGUCCUGCUUCAAGUGAAUCUGGUUACAUCUACAAAGAUGGAGAAAUUGAAUAGCCAAUACAAAUACGAAAAAUGGAAUUUCAAUGGCUCGAUUCCCGGGCCGUUUAUUCGCGCAAGAGUCGGUGAUGUCGUGGAAUUAUCAUUGACAAAUCGCGACGAGUCCGGCAACCCCUAUAACAUUGAUUGCCAUGCCUUCUUGGGUCCUGGAGGAGGAUCCGCCCUGGCCACGGUCGAAGAAGGCCAAACAAAACCCGGGAGGUUCCGUCUUCAAUUUCCGGGGCUUUAUAUAUAUCACUGCGCCGCCGCGCCCGUGCCCGUCCACAUUGCCAACGGCAUGUACGGUCUCAUGUACGUGCAGCCCGCCGAGGGUGACCUCCCCUCGGUGGACCACGAGUACUACGUAAUGCAGAGUGAAUUCUACCACGAGCCACCAGGAGUGGAAGACAAUGGAAGACCCUCUUCAACCGUGGAGUUCUCAUACCCGAAUGCAUUGCGCGAAGAGCCAAGUGUGGUGGUAUUCAACGGACACGAGAGUGCGUUGACGACGGAGAAACCACUCAAAGCCGGGGUGGGAGAAUCCGUCCGGAUCUUUUUCGGCAAUGCAGGACCUAAUCUGACAAGCUCCUUCCAUGUUAUUGGGAGUACCUUUAAGAAGGUAUAUCGGGAUAGUGAUGUGCUGAGCCCGCCGGGCCAAUGUGUGCAAACCGUUGGUGUUCCACCGGGGGCUACUACCAUAGUUGACAUGGAAAUGCUCGUACCGGGAACAUAUACGCUGGUGGACCAUGCAAUCUUUCGUCUGGAAAAGGGCGCUGUUGGAUACUUGAACGUUUCAGGAGUACCGCAGCCCGAUAUCUACGAGGGAACUGAACCACCGGCUCCUUGUGUUGGCUGUAAAUUGCACCCUUGAAUGUGGAUAUAUAUUCAGGCUUGGUACAUACGUUGUUCGACCAUUGAUACCUAUGUGAUGCUCGUGAAAUGGCAAAUUGGAAAUAGCGAACCAAGUCCACUUACAUUUGCGCCAGUUUACAUUUUCCCUGAGGAUUGGGUUUGGUCCCCGGACUUGAAGUCGAUACUCUGGUAAGGGUUGUUCAUCGCUACCACAGAGAUUCUCGUCAUCAAACAUGCCCGGUCGCACGUUCUAGAAUCGUCAGCAAGAGGUCAUGAUCUACCCCCUCCUCACGAUAGGACGAUCUCGAGCGUAGGUUUCAGUUUAGGUUUUCUUAACAAAUCGCUCACGACUAGAAAGUCAAGGCUCAUUCGGUGUACCUUAACGUCGACGGGCGCACUGGAAAGAAACUUUGAAUC